GCCGAGAUAAUAUGCGGUGAAGUUUCCUCCCAUUGAUCUAUUGAUGAAUUGAUGACCAAAUGAAUUCUUCCAUAUUGCACCUUCUGAAUUUCUCCCUUUUUGUAUAUCUGCUGUGCAGACUGGAGCAAUCGGGUUGUUUUUGCUAAUGCAUCCCCCAAAGCAAGGGAGAGUGGCUUUUGAUGGACCUCCAAAGUGGAACAGACAAUUUUGUAGCCUUGCAUUGAUUUACAUGUAAGGCUGAAUUAACCACCUGUCUUGUUUCGCCAUCUGAGUCUUCGGGUUCUUUUAAGUUUUAAUGAAGUCAAGUUCGACUAGAACUCAAUUGGCUGGCUACACACCUGUGAACCCGAGGAGCUGACGGAUUGGUCUGCAAGGGACCAGAUUGGUGAUCGAUUUCUUCAACCUGCAUUGGCGAUCUUUCUCCUCACCUCCAACCGACCGCUGAUACUUCAACCCCACCAUGAUCCUGUCGUAGCAAUAACAAAAUGUCCUUCACAAAUGCACCGGUGACGCGCAGCCUGGUCUAUGGACUUGUCGCCUUCUCCAUCGGGGCCAGUCUUCUCGACAUCAAGCACUACUUCUACAUACUUAUCGACAUACAUAUAUGGCGAUUCCAUCAGGCAUGGCGAGCUUUCAUCUAUCAGCUCUGCUACACCAAUUCGUCCGAGGUACUAUUCGCGGCUAUGACGCUGUACAAUAUGAGGACGGUUGAACACUUGUGGGGCUCGAGGAAGUAUGCGUCCUUCAUCAUCGUAACGUUCCUGAUCACGAGCAUAUGUACGCCAACCUUCUUGACCCUUGGACUGAGACCAUUGACCUUCGGAUUCUUCAACUACCUUCCUGCCGGACCGACGCCUACAAUUUUCGGUAUACUGGCACAAUACCAUGCCAUGAUACCACACAUGUACAAGUACAGGUUGGCCACGUCGGCUUCUCCGCCAACAAACGAACAGUUCCAGGGUCUCACAUUCUCGAACAAGUCCUACAUAUAUCUGUUGGCGGUUCAAUUGGCACUCUUCCAGUGGCCUGGUUCUUUGCUGGGAGCAUUGAUGGGCUGGAUCUUGGGCUAUGCGUGGAGAGUGGAGGCACUGCCCCCAUCGCUGACAAAAUGGCGCCUUCCUGGCUGGAUGGUUGGAAUCCGUACCCAGAGACGCAGCGAAGAGUUUGAGGGCCUUAGGAGAAGGUUGGAAGGGGAGGGUACAUCUUCAGCGACUGCAACUGGGGUCCAAAGUCAGUCUGAUGGUGACGUAGGCCGCCGCAGGACAAUGGGUCAGCAGAUCAUGGACCAGUUCCGAGGGGCAUUUUAAAUAGCAGAGAAACCGGUCGAUCCCAUACGUUUCAGGCAUUUUACAAUACAUCGUAACUUAGGUUUCAUGAGUGAAGAGUGGCCGAGCCGGCGAGCCAGAGAAUCGUAACCAAUAAAGUCACCAAUCAGUGAGCUUGAUGCUCCAGGCUGGAAGUCGUUGCCGUGACAGCAUCC